ACCCCAGUUUCUCCUCCUCCUUGCCUGGCAUCAGACUGGUGUGUGUGCCGACCUUGUUCCAGCGACGAGCUACCCCAAAAAGCCAGCUGUUUGCAGCGCAUACAUUUUUGGCAUUAGCCACCGGUCCGGGCACGCAUUUAACCCCCUCUUUCAGGGCUGUGGUAGUGUAGCCUUAUAUUUUACCGUGAAAAUGAGCCAGGGCGUGAUGGGGUGCUGCCCUGCUAUCGCUAGCUAGGCGGACAAAUUCCUUCAACCAGCUCGCUGUUCCAAUCACUGCGGGUUGACACAACAUUAGCUGAGGCGUUGUUAAGUGAGCUAGCGGGCUAGAAAGGCUGUUGCCGUUCCGUGUAAUUUAUCCUACGGUAGCUAAUGUAGUUAGUCAAAAACGGACGCAUUGCUGCGGCGUAAAUAGUGCAAUAACGGUUAAUAACGGCAAUCACUCUAACGUUAGCUUACUAGCACUACUUUUCACUAGCGCUAACUAGCUAGCUAACGAGACUCAACAGAAAUCAACUGUUACGCGUUUGGAUGUCAAGACACUGCAGUUUUGAAACAGUUUUGGGCGAUUGUGGAGAAAAAAUUGGACAACAGUGACAGAUGCAAAGAUAGAAUUGGACGAGCGAAUGAGAAGAAGGUGUUAAUGAUAUAAACUAAGUGGCUAAUCUGCGGCAGUAAUUUUAACAUUAGCCGUAUUAAGGUAGAGCAUCUCUGGGAGGCCCCACCGUCUCCUGACUCCCUCCCCCUGUCCGAAUCUCCCGUGAUUUGCUGAGAACACCCGGGUGAAGUCGCAUUUGCUCUCGGCUUGGGGGGACGACUUGACAGCGAGGCCCCUUAGCUAGUAUCCCCUCCCCCCAGUCCCAUCCAUCCGUCCAGCCCGACAGACCCACCCCUUCACCCCUGAGAUCGAAGCGAAGACCGGGGAUUCGGGAUAAGCUGAAACCGUGUGCCGAGGUCCCGUCUUAACCGGGCUGCCAAAACUAGAGGGGAUGACUCUGGAGUCCAUGAUGGCUUGCUGCCUGAGCGAAGAGGCGAAGGAGUCGAAACGAAUCAAUGCAGAAAUUGACAAACAACUCCGCCGAGACAAGCGAGACUCCAGGAGAGAGCUGAAAUUACUUCUUCUCGGUACGGGAGAAAGUGGCAAGAGCACCUUCAUCAAGCAGAUGAGGAUCAUUCAUGGAGCCGGGUACUCAGACGAAGAUAAGAGAGGCUUCAUCCGGCUUGUUUACCAAAACAUCUUCACCUCCAUGCAGGCCAUGAUCCGCGCCACUGAGACCCUCAAGAUCCCCUACAAAUUUGAACAGAAUCGGUCUAACGCCAUGAUCGUCAAGGAGGUGGACAUCGAGAAGAUCAGUGGGUUUGACUUUCACUUCAUUGCAGCUAUCAAAUGCCUUUGGUCCGACCCGGGCAUCCAGGAGGCCUACGACCGCCGCCGGGAGUACCAGCUCUCUGACUCCACUAAAUAUUACCUUAGUGAUAUAGACCGUGUGACUGCGGAGGGAUACGUUCCCACCCAGCAGGAUGUGCUGAGGGUCCGUGUGCCCACCACGGGUAUUAUAGAGUACCCGUUUGACCUGGAGAACUGCAUCUUCAGUUAUCUUUCCGAUCUGGAUCGUAUUGCAGAUCCCGGCUAUCUUCCCACUCAGCAGGAUGUGCUCAGGGUGCGCAUCCCCACUACAGGAAUCAUAGAGUACCCAUUCGACUUGCAAAGCAUCAUUUUCAGGAUGGUGGAUGUAGGGGGUCAGAGGUCAGAGAGGAGGAAGUGGAUUCACUGCUUCGAGAACGUCACCUCCAUCAUGUUCCUCGUGGCGCUGAGCGAGUACGACCAGGUCCUGGUGGAGUCCGACAACGAGAACCGUAUGGAGGAGAGUAAAGCUCUGUUCAGGACUAUCAUCACCUACCCCUGGUUUCAAAACUCCUCCGUCAUCCUCUUCCUCAACAAGAAGGACCUGCUAGAGGAGAAGAUCUCCUACUCACACUUGGUGGACUAUUUCCCAGAGUUUGAUGGUCCACAGAGAGAUGCACAGGCAGCGCGGGAGUUCAUCCUCAAGAUGUUUGUGGACUUAAACCCCGACAGCGACAAGAUCAUCUACUCUCACUUCACCUGUGCCACGGACACUGAGAACAUCCGCUUUGUGUUUGCAGCUGUCAAAGACACCAUCCUACAGCUCAAUCUCAAAGAGUACAACCUGGUGUGAGGGCCCUACGUACGACGCACAUCUCCUCCCCAUUGCACAAAUCCACACCUCUUUGGGAGUGUGCACUCAAGUUCACAUGCAUUACACAGCACACCAUGCCGGCACACACACAAACACACACCAACAGAAUCCUUACCAUUUUUUUUUUUCUCCACUACAGAACAUUCGCAAACCUCCCACAUGCAAACGCCGCCCCUCCUCUUUCACCAAAGCUCGCCCUCUUCCUCUGUCGCUCGGCAGCUUGUUGCGUGAGAGUCCCCGCUCCCCCCCCCCCAAAAGCUGCUUCUCGUGUCAGAUUUGGCCUCGGCUGCUGGCUCUGGCACAUUUCAUCUGGCACACAAACCUUUCACACGGACUGUACAGUGACUUAAGGGGACUUUGGUGUUUGUUUUUGUGUGUGUGUGUGUGUGUGUGUAGUACGUGUGUGUAUUUGGGGCAGUAUUGACUAGCGAGGAGCUGAGUUUUGGUGAAUAACUGCAUCAAACUCUUUGGCCGUUCGGAGUUGACCCUCUGUGGUGUGAGAUAAGAUCCUCGUCCUUUCUGAGCUACUAUCGGUGCGGAAGGAGGUGAAUACUCUUUCUCCUGAAACCUACUAAGAACUAGCGAGUUGCUUCUUGGGACAGAGUGACCCGGACAGGAAGUGAGGUUGCACACCGGACACAAGGGGUCGGGGCUGAGGAUUCUGUCUCCAUCUCGCAUCCAUGAAUGUACCCAACAGUGUGAGCAUCGCAAUCGCAAAAAAAAUAAAUAGAUAUGAAGUAAAUGCAUAUGUAACACACUUAAGACAAAAAGCACGAGAGGGCAAGUCAUAGCUAAUCAAAAAUCUGUUCUUUGCUGAGUUUAAAAAAAAUGUUUUUAAUGAUAGAAAUGUGUUGCUACGUCUACUUAUAUUUAACAAAUAAUGGCUAAAUGGAAUGAUGAUGAGAAGUGGUAAGAAAAUCUAUAAAAAACAUUUAAACUAAAGACAUUUGAGAGAGAAGCAACCAGAAAUGUACUUGACAUAAGUAUCCUUUAAAAGUUUCUGUGGGAUUGUUUUUCUAAGUCGAUCACAUCGCUUCCCUCCAGAUGUGUUCUGUAUAGAUUCACUGGGACAAUCUUCCAUGUGACCUUCACAGCAUCUGGCUCCACUGAUACACCCCGACACCCUUAUUACAAAACACUAGUAGCGGAAGAGAGCACCCUGCUUUCAACGCAGGCUCUGCUCUGAUUGGUGGAAGCAGUUGUUGAGGGGAGCGUGAUGUCAUCAGUGUUUAUCAGCCCAAAGAGCACAUCUGCAGCUCGGGCUGCAAGUAGCUUAUUCAACUAAAUGAAAGCUGUAAAUGAAACGCACUCACACCCCGGAUGUGAAUGGGAUCCAUGCGGUAACAUCUCUGACACGUCACACCUGCGUCACUCAGCCGUCCAAUCAGACUCACUCCCUGGCGGUGAUAUAGUCAUCACGUCAGGAUGUGCUUCUGUUAACUUUUUUUUUUACUGUAUAGUCACUUUGUUUAUAAAGAUUGCUUGCUUUUGAGUGGUGGGGCGGGGGCGGGCGGGGGGGCAAACCUUUCACAGAAAACACACUCUGAAGUCUGCAAACAUUGUUUGUGUAUAUUUGUUUGUAAAUACAUAUACACGAAACACUCCUGUACAAAAACGCUCUGUGGUACACCAUCUUUGGCAAAAAACUAACAAAAAAAAAAGAAAAAAUUAUCAACUUCUUUCAUUAGCAUACAGUUUUUUCCUAUGAAUUUAUGGUAGUAGUUAUACUGUGAUUAUGGAUUUUGUUCACUUUAUUAAUAGGACUACACAGAGCUGUUGAGGAAACGAUGGAGCAGUAGUCAGAGAGAAGAGGCUCCACCAACAGCCUCAAGCUCCAGCGCUGGCUCCAGAGUGUACUCUCUAGGGCUGGUAAAAAUCUUCACAGUGUGGUGAUGAGAUGAUUUUAAGAGUAAUUAAAGAUUUUUUUUUUAUUUAUCUAAUUUAUGGACCAGGUUUGAAGGUGUUGAUAAUUUGACUGCUUUUGAUUCUGUCAUGUUGAAGUGCUCCUUUUCUCACGGCGGAGCCUACUUGAGUCUGAACUGCUGUAAAAAAAACGACAAAAAAAAAACGAAUGUCUGGUAUAGUAAGGACUUUAUCUCUGCUUUCUAUUUCUUAUUGAGACAUUUCCAGUUGUACUUCGCCAUCACAUCUCCAUCCAUGAUAAUACUGUUUGGUUUUCUUUAGGAGCCCUCACAUUUGUUUCGUUUGAUUUUAAAAAAAGGAAGAAAAAAAAACAAAAAAACUUGUAUUUCCUCUCGGUUUAUAGACGCAGCGCUGUAAUGCAUACCUAGAAAAAUGUACAGUACGAACGUAGGUGGACUUUUUUUAUCAGUGAUUGAAGACCCACGCGGUCCAUGCUUGCUAUUUGUAAUUUAACACAAAACUUCUGUUGUCGUUUUUGCAUUGUUGAUUUCCAGUUUUUUGAGGCUUGCUUUGAUAGUGCCAGUGAAGUGCAGAUAUACUUUUUUGGUCUUUGACCUUUUCUACAGGUGACUUAUCCUUCAUCCUCAUUAAGGGCUAUCACAGUGCAUCAGGCAUCAGACAGCGGGGAGUGGAGUAUAGGACCACAGUGAACCAAGUCAUCCACUACUUAACCUUGUUUAUAAAUGGAGAAUACUUGCAGUAUGUGCUAUAAGAAGUAUAGGCAGGGUGUUAAUGUAAACAGAAGAUGUGUGUUUUGAGAGAUUACCAACACUAAAACCCUUUUCUUUAUGUCUUUCUUCAUGCAUCUGGCCUUUUGGUUAACAUAAUUUGGUAUGACAGUGUUACCUGUAACACCUAAUGCAGUAUAAAGACACGUAUCACUAAAGACACCACUACCAGGACAAGUAUUGCAUGUUUCCCCAAGUAUUUGACUAAAUGACCAUUCUCGGGACUCUGCAUGUUUUAACCGAUUAGCUACAAACCUUGUACUUUAUUGAUGACCAUUUCUCCAGUUCCUAAAUUGAUUUACUACUUCCAGCUUAUGGCUUCAGUUCAUGCCAGUAAGGCUUGACUCUGAGAGAGAAUCUAUGCCACAGAUGACAUUUAGUCAUUUUUCUUUCUUUGUGCAAUGAUUGCUGGUGUAGUUGUGCCUCAGAAACUCCUUGUUAUUGCACUCAAAGACGCUCUGUACCAGGAGAGAAAACGUUUGAGUUGGUACAUUUCUUCUUAGCUGGUCAGAGUACCAAUCCAAUAAUAUCCCUCAAUCUUUUUACCAAAUUGAAAUCUGUAUACCACACUGUGUGGAACCAUUAUAACCCUGGUUUUAAAAUGGAUAACCGAUUUGUAUUUUGGAUUGGUGCACCCUUGCAGCUUUAAAAAAAAAAAAUCAUUCCUAUCCACUACAUUACCUGCAUUCAAACUAAAACAUGACUAAAUGUUCUCUGUGGCCUAUUUCAAACCAGUUUGUCACUUUGAAGAUGAACUAACUCCAGAAGCUAUUGGAAAAGAAGAGCAUCAAUCGAUACACUUAAUUUAAAGUUUGAACACUAUGUUAAUUAGGCUAAAAUAUGUUAUUUCGAAGCACCAGUGUGGUCUUUAACUAUCAUUAUGUCUGCUGAAAAUGACACUAACCUUGAGCGUAAGAAAGCAGACAGCCAACUGUUAACACUGCUGUCAUAAAGAGGAUGCCAGUAUUUAAGUGGAGCGAUAUACCAGUAUGGAUAACCCAAGUAUUUAUCAGUAGUUGUGAUUUACUGUGUGUUGAGUGCAGCUCACUUUAAUGGUGAAGAACCAUCUUGUAUUUUAAAACUUGACACUACAACUCUGGCACAUGGUGAAGGGCUGACUGGCUGUUAGUGUGGGUUUGGUAGUGAGUUUAGCAGCCGAGUGUUGCACUGUGUGCUUUUGACACUUUUUAUCUCAACAUAUAUGCGCUGAAGAGAGGGAAGGCAAGACUGUAAAGAAACCUCAACCUCCUUCUCAUUUUUGUCUGUUUUGAGCAAUGACCACACACUCUUAUUUAUUGCCUUUCAUUGCCUUGAAUAAUGAAAGAUGGUGUUGCCGGCCCUUGAUGGUUUCGGAGCUCGCUCUGUGACCUUCUUGGGUGGCCGUGGUUGUGUGAUUUCUCUUCCUGCAGGCUUGUUAAAAUGAGUGGAAUCAAAAUUAUCUUUCAACAUCAGUGUGGAGUCAGUGCAUAUUCAAAACGUUAAUCUUAUUCCCUUUUUUGUGUGUUUUUUUAUUUCCUGUAUGAUAAAGAAAACAUUACCAGAACUCUAUUAUUUAGGACCACUUGAUUUGUUUUUCCUCACUCCAAUUAAACCUGAAGGUCAAUUGUGUAGUGGUGUAUAAAAUGCUGUUUUUUUUCUGUAUGUAAACCAAAUGUAAAUUAUGUAUUAUACUGAGUGUGCCAACCCCACUCUCUGUAGAGCCAGGCUCUCUCUAAGUGCCAACGCUGUGGUCAUCAUCAGAGGACCACCACCUGAGAUGGUCUCCCCUUUUUAAAUAAAACACACCAGAGACUAAAAGGAUAGUUGAUUAAGUACACACAAAGACUUUAUUCUGUAUUUAAGAUUGAAGAUUUAAAAAAUAAUCUGCUGUUUUUUUAAGAAACUGUAAUUAUAAUUGCAUGUGCUGUUUAUUUUGUGUUGGAAGUGAGGGCUUUGAUGUUUCAUUGAAGCAGGGAGCCCUGAAUGAAGGGGGUUCAAUCAGUUGGUUAUUAUCGAUUAUUGAUUUACAUAACUUGCCAUAUUUUUUUAUGUGUUUCAUGUAUUUGUUUCAACCACUGUUGCCUGAUCCUCAUUCAAACAUGAACAUGACUUAUGAUCAUUGCCGCCUUCUAAGAGAGAAACAUAAUGACAAGGUAUCUGUUUUAAAUUGAAAUAAAUUUGUUCCUAUACUUGCUCA